AUGGCACCUCCCCACCCUUAUCUAGCCUGGGCUAUGGCAGCAGUUCGUCUGAUCGUCAAGCAUGGAACAAGUGAGACAGGUACGCACCAAUUGAAAGCAACUGAUACCCAUGAGGGCAAAGCGAUACCAUCCCAUCCCCAGCCUGGUCGGAACCAUGUCGGUCGCUCCCUCUGUCCUUAUCAGCAUUACGUCCAAAGGCCAAUCGCCGACGACCUGGACGAAUUGCUAAUCGCGUCGAUCCCGGCCCAUAUGUAA